ACAGAUUCCCAUUUCGUUGAUGAGGAGACUGGCACGGGGAGGGGGUGUGUAUGGCGUGGGGACCUGUGCACUCCCUGGAAACAGCCCGCUCUGGCCCCCUUGGUCUCAGCCUGGAGGAUUCCAAUCUGUCCCUGCACUCAGACAACCCGGACCUCACUCCCUGCUUCCAGAACUCCCUCCUGGCCUGGGUCCCCUGCAUCUACCUGUGGACAGCCCUACCCUGCUACUUAUUCUACCUGCGGCAUCACCAUCAAGGCUACAUCAUUCUCUCCCACCUCUCCAGGCUCAAGACGGUCGUGGGUGUCCUGCUGUGGUGUGUCUCCUGGGCUGACCUCUUCUACUCCUUCCAUGGCCUGACCCAAGACUGGGCCCUGGCUCCUGUCUUCUUUGUCACCCCACUGGUGGUGGGGAUCACCAUGCUGUUGGUCACCCUGAUGAUCCAGUAUGAGCGACUGCAGGGAGUACAGUCAUCGGGGGUCCUCAUCAUCUUCUGGCUCCUGUGUGUCGUCUGCGCCAUCAUCCCCUUCCGCUCCAAGAUCCUUGCUGCCAUGGCAGAGGGCAAGGUCUCAGACCCCUUCCGCUUCACCACCUUCUACAUCUACUUUGCCCUGGUGCUCCUGGCUCUCAUCCUGUCCUGCUUCAGAGAGAAGUCACCAUUCUUCUCCCCAAAGGAUGUCGAUACUAACCCCUGCCCAGAGGCCAGUGCUGGCUUCUUUUCCCGCCUGUCUUUCUGGUGGUUCACAAAGAUGGCCAUCCGUGGCUACCGGCGCCCCCUGGAGGAGCAGGACCUCUGGUCCCUGAACAAAGCAGACAAAUCCCAGUUGGUGGUGCAGAAGCUGCUGGAGGAGUGGAAGAAGCAGCAAAAACAGGCGGCAGGACUCGAGGCUGCUGCAGCAUCUGAGAAGACAGCCUCCAGGGAGGAGGAGAGGCUGCUGGGGGCCCAGCCCAGGCCCCAGCAGUCCACUUUUCUGAAGGCCCUGAUGGUCACAUUUGGCCCCAGCUUUUUCACCAGCUUUGGCUUGAAGCUGAUGCAGGACCUGCUCUCCUUCGUCAAUCCGCAGCUGCUCAGGUGUCACCCCACUCCUUCCAUAGGUGUCAUCUAUAGGAAGGCUCUGGUCAUCACCAAUUCAGCCAAACGGAAGUCCACAAUGGGAGAAAUUGUCAACCUCAUGUCAGUGGAUGCCCAGCGCCUCAUGGACGUGGCCCCCUUCCUCAACCUGCUUUGGUCUGCACCCCUGCAGAUUUUCCUGGCAACUUAUUUUCUCUGGCAGAACCUGGGUCCCUCUGUCCUGGCUGGACUUGCUUUCAUGGUCUUGCUGAUACCACUCAAUGGAGCUAUGGCCAUAAAGAUGCGUGCUUUGCAGGUGGAACAAAUGAAGUUCAAGGACUCACGUGUCAAGCUGAUGAGUGAGAUUCUGGGUGGCAUCAAGGUGCUGAAGCUGUAUGCCUGGGAGCCCAGCUUUCUGGAGCAGGUGGGGGGCAUCCGGCAGGAUGAGCUCCGGCUGCUGCGUCGUACGGCCUACCUUCACGCCAUCUCCUCCUUCAUUUGGAUCUGUUCCCCCUUCCUGGUAACCCUGAUCACCCUCGGAGUGUACGUGUUGACGGAUGAGAACAAUGUGUUGGAUGCCCAGAAGGCCUUUGUGUCUGUGUCCCUGUUUAAUAUCUUAAGGAAUCCCCUCAACAUGCUGCCCCAGUUAUUCAGCAGCCUGGUCCAGACUAGUGUGUCUCUAAAACGGAUCCAGCAUUUCCUGAGCCAAGAUGAACUUGACCUCAAGUGUGUGGAGAGAAAGACCAUCUCCCCAGGCUAUGCCAUCACCAUGCACAACGGCACCUUCACCUGGGCCCAAGACCUGCCCCCCAUUCUGCACAGCCUCAAUCUUCAGGUGCCAAAGGGAGCUCUGGUGGCUGUGGUGGGCCCUGUCGGCUGUGGGAAGUCCUCCCUAGUGUCAGCCCUGCUGGGAGACAUGGAAAAGCUGGAAGGCAAGGUGUCUGUAAAGGGCUCCGUGGCCUAUGUGCCCCAGCAGGCAUGGAUCCAGAACUGUACUCUUCAGGAAAAUGUGCUAUUUGGCCAAGCCCUGGACCCCAAGCGCUACCAAAAGGCUCUGGAGGCCUGUGCCCUGGUGGCAGACUUGGAGAUGUUGUCUGGUGGGGACCAGACAGAGAUUGGAGAGAAGGGCAUUAACCUAUCUGGGGGCCAGCGGCAGCGGAUCAGUUUGGCCAGAGCUGUUUACAGUAAUGCUGACAUCUUUCUGUUGGAUGACCCACUGUCAGCUGUGGACUCCCAUGUGGCCAGGCAUAUCUUUGACCAAGUCAUUGGACCAGAAGGGAUGCUGGCUGGCAAGACGCGGGUGCUGGUGACACACGGCAUCAGUUUCCUGCCUCAGACAGACUUCAUUAUCGUGCUGGCUGACGGGCAGGUGUCCGAAGUGGGCUCCUACACAGCCCUGCUGGAGCACAAUGGCUCCUUCGCCAACUUCCUCCACAACUACGCGCCUGAUGAGGAGCUCCCAGAGGGUGGCAGGCCCGCUCUGGACAGUGCAGAGGACGGAGAGAUGCAGUUGAUCAAAGACACACUCAGCACUCACACAGACCAAACAGAUACUGAAUCAGUCAUGUAUGGGGCCCAGCAGCAGUUUAUGAGACAGUGGAGUGUGUUGUCCUCAGAAGGGGAGGACCAGAGUCAGCCUGUGCCUCGGAGGUGCCUGGGCCCAUCAGAAAAGGUGGUACCGGCAGCUGAGGCAAAGGCCAGUGGGGUGCUGAUCCAGGAAGAGAAGGCAGAGACGGGAACCGUAAAGCUGAGUGUGUUCUGGGAUUAUGCAAAGGCUGUGGGGCUGUGCACCACACUGGCUGUCUGUCUGCUGUAUGCUGUUCAAAGUGCGGCUACCAUUGGGGCCAACCUGUGGCUCAGUGACUGGACCAAUGAGGCUAUGUUGGGUGGCCAACAAAACAGCACCUCCAUGAGACUAGGUGUCUACGCAGCCCUGGGGAUUCUGCAAGGGCUCCUAGUAAUGCUGGGCGCCUUGGCAAUGGCAAUGGGUGGCUUCCAAGCUGCACGCUCACUCCACCAGACGCUGCUGCACAACAACCUUCGCUCCCCACAGUCCUUCUUUGAUACCACACCGUCAGGCCGGAUCCUCAACCGCUUCUCCAGGGACAUCAGUGUCAUCGAUGAGGUUUUGGUGCCCAACAUCCUCAUGCUGUUGACCUCCUUCUACAACUCCCUCUCGACCAUAGUGGUCAUUGUGGCCAGCACGCCACUCUUUGCUGUGGUCAUCCUGCCCCUGGUUGUUAUCUACAUCUUUGUACAGCGGUUCUAUGUGGCCACAUCAAGGCAACUGAAGCGGCUGGAAUCCAUCAGCCGCUCACCUAUCUACUCCCACUUCUCAGAGACAGUGACAGGCUCCAGUGUCAUUCGGGCUUAUGGCCGUACUCAGGACUUUGAGACCAUCAAUGAUGCUAAAGUGGACACCAACCAGAGGAGCUGCUACCCCUCCAUCUCUUCUAACCGGUGGCUGGGAGUUCGAGUGGAGUUUCUGGCCAACUGCAUUGUGCUUUUUUCUGCCCUCUUUGCUGUGAUUGGGAGAAGAAGCCUGAGUCCAGGCCUGGUGGGCCUUUCUGUGUCCUAUGCCCUACAGGUGACAUUGUCUCUGAACUGGAUGAUACGGAUGAUAUCCGAUUUGGAGUCUAAUAUUGUGGCUGUGGAAAGAGUCAAAGAGUACUCCAAGACAGAGACAGAGGCCCCCUGGGUGGUGGAGGACAGCCGCCCUCCCCCUGGAUGGCCCCCCAAGGGCAAGGUGGAGUUCCGGAAUUACUCAGUGCGGUACAGGCCCGGCCUGGAGCUGGUGCUGAAAAAGCUGAGUCUGCGCGUGCGCGGCGGCGAGAAGGUGGGGAUUGUGGGACGCACAGGAGCUGGCAAGUCAUCCAUGACCCUCUGCCUGUUCCGCAUCCUGGAGGCCGCAGAGGGCGAGAUCCGCAUCGAUGGCCUCAAUGUGGCGAACCUCGGCCUCCAUGACCUGCGUUCUCAGCUGACCAUCAUCCCCCAAGACCCUGUCCUAUUCUCGGGGACUCUGCGAAUGAACCUAGACCCCUUUGGCAACUACUCAGAGGAGGAUAUCUGGCGAGCCUUGGAGCUGUCUCACCUACAUACGUUUGUGAGCUCCCAGCCAGCAGGCCUGGACUUUAAGUGUUCUGAGGGCGGAGAGAACCUCAGUGUGGGCCAGCGGCAACUCGUGUGCCUUGCCCGGGCCCUGCUCCGUAAGAGUCGCAUCCUGGUUCUGGACGAGGCUACAGCUGCCAUUGACCUGGAGACCGAUGACCUCAUCCAGGCCACCAUCCGCACCCAGUUUGAGGACUGCACGGUGCUGACCAUCGCACAUCGGCUCAACACCAUCAUGGACUACAACAGGGUCCUGGUCUUAGACAAAGGAACAGUAGCUGAAUUUGAUUCUCCAACCAACCUCAUUGCAGCCAGAGGCAUCUUCUACGGAAUGGCCAGAGAUGCUGGACUGGCCCAAUGAUAUAUCCCUGAGAUUUCCUCCUGACCAUUCCUGACUUUCAUCAGAAAGAAAAAAAGACAUCUAUAUGUCCUGGACUUCAUGACAUAGGCUACGUAGAGGCUUUUGUUAGACGUCGCCCCUGUAAUGUGUCAUUCAUAUAGCUGUGCGAAAUACAUUAGGUAAAUUUGCGGGGUAAACAGAAUGGCCAGGGCCACAGCUAGUUUGAGGCAGAACCCGGGCUAGUCCUCAGCUUGCCUAAUUCCCAAUCUAGUGUUACUUCCACACUGGACUGUUUCAAUCAUUUCAUGAGAUGACUUUCCUACCCUCUAUGGUUGUUUGUAUUUUCUACUCUGAAAUCUUUUUUUUAAUAAAGCUUUUACCUUCUGGAACAGAAGAUUGUCAGGUCAAACUGUCCCUGUGAACUGAGCCUGUACUUUGGAGUGCUGGCCUGAAUCUGUUUAAAAAAAAAAAAAGGGGAGGGGAGUCGGGCGGUAGCACAGCAGGUUAAGCGCACAUGGCACAAAGCGCAAGGACCGGCGUAAGGAUCCUGGUUCGAGCCUCUGGUUCCCCACCUGUAGGGAAGUCACUUCACAGACAGUGAAGCAGGUCUGCAGGUGUCUUAUCUUUCUGUCCCCCUCUCUGUCUUCCCUUCCUCUCUCCAUUUCUCUCUGUCCUAUCCAACAGUGAUGACAUCAACAACAAUAUAACUACAACAACAAUAAAAACAACAAGGACAACAAAAAGGA